AUUCAUUUGGUCUCGCAAAGACCAAUCAUAUUAAGAUUAUGGUCUCUGGUAAGAUCAUUGACGAGCAAAGAUUUUGAGGACAGUGAUCCAAUAUGCAUAAGACUGAUUGUCAUUAAAGUGGGCUGAUCGGUGCCAGAGUAUUCAUAGUAGUAAUAUUAAUAAGACUGCAUGGUCUAGAAUGCAUACUAUAUUCAGAGUUGCUGUGGGCGUGGUGAGAGAUUAAUACUGCAGGAGUCUGGUAGUUAUUUGACUUGUCAUUGGUAGAACAAACUGGGGAAGAGUGCUUAAACUCAUCACACAGUACUUACUACCUCAGUUGAAAGCAUAACAGCCUGCAAUGCAUUCGUAGAUAGUGGAUCAGAAUGUGUAGUAUGUCACUCUAAUCUACAUAUAGGACUAUGUGUGUUGUUAGAGUAGCAACUAUUUGUUUUGUUUUUUUCAAGCGGGUUCCCAUGCCGCCUGAACACCUACCACCCAAGUGAGUGCCCAUGCUGCUCCAACAACCUACCAGUACACUGUUUGGUUUUCGAAUGCCAAUUUGUGGUGGUGGGACAAGUGGGUACCCUCCCCUGUUUGGUGAAGGUUUUUUAUGGGGGGUUCUCUGCUGAAAAGCGGCUGGUUGGCCAGGGAUGCUAAAUUGUGGAAGAAGGGGAAGGGGUGCCACGGGUGGAUGCUUCACAAUAAAAUAAAACGUGGCAAAUCAUCCACCAAUUAUUAUUUUCAAUAACUUUAUAUAAUAAAGAUGUAUCUGUUGGAUAUUAUGAAUUCCUGUAUGGCUGUCAGAAUUCUUGGCUGGAGUAAUAACAAGAGCUCGCUAAAUCAAACCAAACCAAAACAAAUGAAGAAACAAAAAAACACCACACAUUACGAUAUAGAGGAAGACAUAAUUAACAACGAAGUGUUUAUAUCAUCCAUUUGUGGGAGGUGAGCUCCUUCUGUUUAUGUGUGCCUCUGCCUGCUUGCUUCUGCUCCUGAUCUGAAUAAGUAAUCUCACACAUAACCUGCUGAAGGGAAGGAGGCGGGGGACAGAGAAUUUAUGCUUUCUUCGUCAGCGACCGUAGGUAGCUUAUGCAUCAUGUAAUAGUGCAACUCAUAGCAAACUUGGCUAAGGAAAUCACCCCAGUAGAUACUUCCAAAUAAAACUAAAAAUAAACAUUUAAUUCCUAAUAAUAUUAUGAAUCCAAGAAUAUAACAUCACAAUUAUUUUUUACUGGGUGAUGUGUCUCCACACCAAGGCGUAGUGGGAUAGUGGGAAUUGGUUUACAUUGUCAUGAUUCUUGGGUUGGGGAAUGAGCGAAGACACUGGACUCCCAAAAUAACACUGAUAGAAGAUGGACAAGAAAAGGUCAAAACCAUCAGGUUCUCAAGUUAGAAAAGAAGAGGAGGAAAUACGAGCUAAAGAUAAAGAGAAGAAGAGUGGCGACGCCUUGAUGAAAAUUAGCAGGAAGAGAGCGUAAUGAUGCAAUGGCGAAAAGCUGUGGUACGAGAAAACUCGACCAAGAAUAUCGUGGUCUCAUGGAACCGCUUGAAAUGCCUGGAACUGAACUGUCUGAUGACCCCCUGUCAACGGACCCUGCAGACUGGCCUUCAGUUAUCAUUGACAAUAUUGCAGUAGAGCUGAUUUGCAAAGGACCAAGUAAGGAUGUGGGCGGAGUCACAGCCAGGGCCAUCCAGAUGUACACCAUGCAGGCGAGGUUACUGCGCCUACUGCAGAGUCCUCUACAGCGACCUAGAUCAGCACCUGUCCAGUCUCAGACACCAGGAUUGUGUUCAAGCGUCCUCCAGGGUCUCCACCAGUUGUUCCUUUGCUGACAGCAGCCAAGCCAAAGCAACUCUGCUGGAGCGAUUCCUGCAGGAUGUCGUGUUGCACCACCCGCACUGCUACAAUGACCCCAGACCGUCUCAUGCAGACCUCCCGUCCGUCUCCACUCCUCUUUUGCCGAGGGAGGAGCUUGAUGAAGUCUGUUUCUCUGACGACGACUUGUCAUUGGGCACACGCGAGUAUCUGCCCAGCUCAAACAACGUGUCGACUAAUCAAGAAGAAAAUGCUGACACUUGUAGCCAAUUAGAGAAGAGAACAUCAAUGGGGCCCAGUCAGGAGAGGCCGUUUACACAAUUAAAUGAGCAGGAGGAUGCAAGGACUAUCCACUCAGGGCACACAAAUCUGCCAAAACAGGCCCUGGCGCCUCUGCACAGGAAGGCACACAGGAAAACUGACAGAAGGAAAACCAAGAAAUCUCUGACCUCUAUCCUUUCGCCUGAGUGUCCACAUCCAGGUACUUUUUCUGUGCCACAGCCUUGGCAAAGCUGCCAUAAGGAGCAGUGGGCAGCUUUCAAAGAGGAGGUCAUCUCAUCGCCACAUGAUGACCUUUUGGACCAAACUAUUGAGGAGGUAAUCCAAACAUGUUGUCAUGGCGACAGCUUGAAUUCUUGUCCGCUGGAGGAGACGGACAGCUUUCACGUCAGUCUGCCUCACUCUCUUCAAACACAGAGUGACUGGGACUCACCUGGACAGGUAGACUCAUAUGCCCCGCUGGUCCAGACGCAGGUGAGGGACUUCAGCCAUCUGACUGAUGUUCAGGUGGACCUAACGGACCAGGUGUACUCCCACCAGCUCGAAUCCGCGCUCCACAGUAAGCAUUGUACAGUCCAACACGGAGUAUUCAGGACUGUGCCGAGAGAAGUGCCAAACCAUUUGCCAGAGUCCUUCAGAGGGAAGUCAUGGGCCCAGAUCGAAGAGGAAGAUGAAAAGAAGGUUGACGACCUGGUCCGACAGUUCAGACAAGGUCGUUUUGUCUGCUACUUCGACAGCGAGUCCCUCGCCAGGUACGGCACCAGAAGCAAAGACGGGAACGGACCUGGUCACACAGUGGCAGAGUCAAACAUGGGUGUCUUUCCUUUACUGAACCAUGAUGAGGAAGAAGUCCCAAGGAGGCGGGACUUCAGAAUGGCAUCCAGGUGUCAGGUGGUCAAAGUGAGUCACGCCACUCAAACCGUCCGCUUGGUCGUCCCAACUGUCUGUCAACCAGGCACAAAGGCCACAUCCACCAGCGUCCCUCCAGGCGAUCGGGCCGGAGUGGAAAAGACUCCGGAGAUGCGAUGGUCACGCCUCCCGCCCGCAUACUCCCCCGUCCUCGCACCGCUACAGUCGAGCACCUCUCUGGUCUACCUUCUCUGCUCCCCUACUUUUCCCGCCAUCACCUACACACCCGCUGCAAGCCCCACACCCAAACGCAGCAGGAAAAAACAUCCACCAGACUUUCACAGGCUGAAGGUGAAAUAUAAACAAUUUCCUGUGCGCUUCUAUGACCACCGCAGCAAUCGCAUCAUAAAGAACCCACCCAAAGGUUUCAAGGUGAGAAAGCGGUCCAUCGCCUCCCCUUUGCCGCCAUGUGUACGGCAGCUGUUUCGAAGUCUGAGCCCGGACCUGAACACAGAGAGGUGGUCCAGGGAGGAUGGCUUAGAUUCUCCCAGGGUCAAAAGUCAGAGGCUCUCGAGCACUCCCAGCACAAACUCGACACAGACUCCUAAACACGAAACCUCUCCUCCUGUGCAUCGAAGCAGGUCAGAGGAAGUAAGAUCACGUAGUGAAGUAAGACCAAGUCGCCCCAAAAGGAGAGUCAAAGUUCAGACCACACCUCCACCACCCAGGAGAGGUGGACUCCGUCAAAAGGAAACUGCACCCCUGUACCAUACAGAGCCAAACCUCCGGCGAGGGAGGUCUCAGAGGGGGAGGGCCUGUGAGAAGACUCCAAAGUAGCACAUUUGUUAGAACUUCAACACUUAGGGACCAUUUGGAAAUAAAAAGGGAUGAAAAAAAGUA